AUGAAUAUCGAAGGCCGGUCUAACCGUGUCUUGCUGAAGCUUGACCCCUCAGUAUCGCACAAAUUCAUCGCACCUCGCAAAAAUAUCUACGAAGGGAAAGAUGUGGCUACCUUUUUAGUCUCGAAAGCUUACACGGACAUCAUGACAUUCUUGCUACAGUUGAAUCGAUCAAUGUUCCCCGAAAGACUUCCUAAUGGAUCCGUUCAGACAUGGCCUAUCCAUACCGAUGCAGUACAGUUCUCUGCGCCUGUUCGACAAUUACAGCGAUUACUUUUGAGAGUCGAGGAUAUCAUACAGGAUGCACCGCUGGAUACGGGACCACGCAGGUUUGGAAAUAUCAGCUUUCGGAAGUGGCACGAAGUGCUGGAAAAUCGGGCAUCUGAUCUACUAAAAGAGUGCUUACCCCAAGAGCUUCUGGAAAUGCCUUCGUCGAAUCCAGAUGGGCUUACAGCCGAGUCGGAACUCAAGGCAUACUUUAUUGGCAGCUGGGGCAGUGGUCAGAGAUUGGACUAUGGCACUGGCCAUGAGUUGAGCUUUUUAGCUUUUUUGGCCGCUAUUUGGAAGCUCAACGGCUUUCCAAUGUCGGAGCCAGGAGUUGAGGAGAGAGCUAUAGUUCUUGGUGUCCUUGAGCCGUAUUUGGAGCUCGUCAGACUACUCAUCAAAACGUACACACUGGAACCUGCAGGCUCACAUGGAGUCUGGGGGCUUGACGACCACUCUUUUAUCCCAUACAUUCUUGGAUCCGCCCAGCUAUCCCCAGCCAUCACCGAGAGCGACCUGACUCCAGAAGAGGGCUCAUUCGCCGAAGCCCCGGAUCCCGCUGGAGUUACAAAGGCUAACAUAGUAGAAAGGGAGAGGAAAAGCAAUCUGUAUUUCUCGGCAGUUGGCUUUAUUUAUGAUGUGAAAAGGGGACCAUUCUGGGAGCAUAGCCCCAUGCUUUAUGACAUCUCAGGCAUUUCAGCUGGAUGGGCCAAGAUUAAUAAAGGUAUGGUCAAAAUGUACAAUGCUGAGGUAUUGUCCAAAUUCCCCGUUGUCCAGCAUUUUCCAUUUGGAUCUCUCUUCAGCUGGGAGCGUGACCCUAAUGCAAUCGUCCCUCCAACCACUGUCCAUGCAACCUCUGGCCCACAGGCACGGCCAUUAGUACCAGAUACUGGAGCAUCAUCUGCAACAACUCGACCGAGCAUGGAUGCUGGUACGAAGGCACCUUGGGCUACCGCAGGGCCAGGAGCUCGCAUACUUCCAAUUGGAUCAACAACCGCACCAUGGGCAGCUACCAGAAGUAAUGGUCUCUCAAACACCACUCUUCCUGAUACUUCUAGACUACCUCCAGGUCCCAUGGCUCCCACACGAGCUCCUUGGGGCGCUAGAACAGCUCCGCCACCGCCAUCAGACGACCUCGGGUCAACAAAGGCUCCAUGGGCCAAAUGA